UUGAGACUCACAACGGAAGUAGGCCAUUGAAGAUACUUGCAAUAUCUAGUUUAAGCAUGUAAAAACAAGUGUUUUAGUGGAAAGUAAAUAGCGCCCUGAAGAACUCCUAAAUCCAACGAAUUGAAAGGAGCAGACCAUACUGAUCAGAGGAGAUACAAACAAACAUUUUCUCUUUUUCCCAGCGGACGCGGAAAGUUCGAUUCAUGUAUGGAAAGCACUAGAGAGAAUGCUACCUUUCAAUUGGAAAAUCGAGGAAAUUUCGACGAUAACGAGUGUUCCAUUUGUUUGGAAAGUGUUCCUGCCCACCAAACCAGCACCCAUCAAAAAUGCGCCUCUGUGUACUGUGAUUCGUGCUUGGGAGCCUACAUACGUUUACAAAUAACACAAGGAAAAUGGAAACUUGAAUGCGCAAACUGUAGUUCAUUGUUAUCACGAGAUAUUAUCCAUCGAUUCCUACAGGAGUAUCCUUUGCUUGAAGAGCACUUCACUCGGCUCGUUGCAGACGCGAGCAAAGACCCGCAUGUCAAAACCUGUCCGAACUGCUGUGCGAGACAUCGCGUGAAGAAAAACAAAACAAAGCGAGUGACAUGCGAACAGUGUCAUUUCGAUUGGUGCUUCUCUUGCCACGCACCAUGGCACAAAGCAAUGAGCUGCAAGGAUUUUAAACGAGGGAGUAAGAUGUUUAAAGAGUGGACAAAGGAGAAGAGCGAGGGGGCAAUGAACGCCCGCCCGUGUCCCAAGUGUAAAGUUUUUAUCCAGAGACUGGAUGGCUGCGAUCAAAUGUCCUGUCCUCGAUGUCUCACCCCGUUUUGUUAUCUCUGCGGUGAGAAAAUCCUGCAUAGUAAAUUACUUGGAAAUCACUGGAGUAUAUACAGCGUUCUGGGAUGCAGGUAUAUUUACAAACCGAAUCACCCGGUGCAAAGAAAAGCUAUCAGGGGACUGUUAUUUAGCGUAGUCAUAACUUCGUUGCCAGUUUUAGCCUUGGCAUUUCUGAUUGUGUCGCCUAUUUAUGGAGGUUAUUUUUUGCACAAGUACAUUCGUAAACAUUGAAAUUGUUUGGCACGCAAACUGACCACGUUUACGACAUGUUAACAAAUAUUUUUCGGUGUAGGUAACAUUUGUGGCAUAUCAAUUGCAUAAAAAGAGACACCAUUUAGCAAUUUUCUCACCCACGAACUCAAAAUUGAAUACACUAGCAUUUCUAGG